GGAGCGCGCAGCACGGCGAUCGGCAGUGCGCUGUGUCCCUCGGACACAGCAGAUCACCAAUCAUGGAAAGAGCCAAAGAUGCCGGCUCUGUCAUGUGAUCAGCUGUAUCCAAUUACAGCUGAUCACAUAGGGGACAUGUACACUGAUCAUCAGGGCACUGAUGAUCAGUGUAGCCCCAGCAGUGCCACCUGUCAGUGUCCAUCAGUGCCUCGUGCCAGUGCCCAUCAGUGCCACAUCAAUGCCACAUAUCAGUGCCUACCAGUGCACAUCAAUGCCACAUAUCAGUGCCCAUUUGGGCUGCCUUUCAGUGUCACUCAUCAGUGCCAGUUGGUGCCACCUAUCAAUGCCAAUCAGUGCCACCUAUCAGUGCUGCCAAUCAGUGCCGCCUAACAGUGCCAGUCAGUGCUGCCUAACAGUGCCAGUCAGUGGUGCCUAUCAGUGCCAGUCAGUGCCGCCUAUCAGUGCCAUAUAUCAGUG